AUGGGGAGCUGGAACAAUCACGAUAUCAUGGAAAUCAGGACAGUGGCAGUUGGAAUUGUGGCAAUCAAAGGAGUGGAAAAUAAAUACUAUCUUGCAAUGAACAAGGAAGGAAAACUCUAUGCAAAGAAAGACUGCAACGAAGAUUGCAACUUCAAAGAAUUAAUCCUGGAAAACCAUUACAACACAUAUGCAUCUGCUAAAUGGACACACAGUGGAGGAGAAAUGUUUGUUGCCUUAAACCAAAAGGGGGUUCCUGUAAGAGGGAAGAAAACGAAGAAAGAACAAAAAACAGCCCACUUUCUUCCUAUGGCGAUAACCUAG